UCUUUAGGUUCCAUUCAAGGAUACAUUCAAGGAAGAAUUUCCGUACUUUUUUCGUAAAUUUUCGCAAUUUUUGUGCCCUCGGCGUUAUGACAGUUUAAAAUGUCAGAUAUUGUUAGAAGUUUGUGGAAUCAGAUAGCGUCCUGGGUUCCCACGAAAGAAGUUCAUACUGUCGUGGUAAAAGAAGUCGAGAAAAUGAAUUUGGGUGCAGCCGCAGGCAAGAACUUCAUUAGGAUAGCUGGACUUUCUGGAGGACUUGCUGUGAUUAUGUCUGCAUACGGUGCACAUGCAUUUAAUUCAAAAACUGAGGACACAAGACUUAAGAAUGUGUUUGAAUCUGGUAACAAGAUGCACUUGAUACAUUCAGUGGCGCUGCUGGGGGUCCCGCUCACUAGAAGACCUAUGCUGGUGGGCACACUGAUGACCUCGGGCAUUUUGAUAUUCUCUGGUACAUGUUAUUAUCAGGCUAUGACAGGGGAUGGGCGUGUCCGGAAAGCAACACCAUAUGGUGGAAUAUUACUGAUCUUGUCAUGGUUUGCCAUGAUUUUGUGAUAAAAGACAUUUCAAGUGAUAGUAUUUUAAUUAUAAUACAAUGUACUAGUACCCUUUUCUGCCAAACUUUUGUGAUGAAUACGCUGUAAAGGAUUUACGAAUGCAGACCCAUAGUUUUUAAAUUAUAUGCAGUUUGUUAUUACAAUAGAAAGAAGUGCAAGUAUUGAAGGUUGUGAAAAGUGAAGUGCUAUAAGAGUGCAAUUCAUGAUUGAAAGGUUUAUAGUGCUAGAUAUAUUACCGAUUUAUAGAUAUGUACUUAUUUGUUUUAAGUGAGGUCAGUAAACACAUUAUGCAAGUCAUGGUCUACAAGAAUGUUCUGUAGCUAGACACUUUCAAGAAUAUUAUUUAUACGGAGUGCUGUAAGUACACACAACAUUAUCGUAAUGAUGAAUACAGCAGUAAAAUGGCAAACAAAAAACUGAAUUUUAACCUUCAGUUGACAUAAAGUGCUAAUAUCCUGGUGAUGUGUUAAUUGCAUCAGAAUUUCCUUAAAAGUUUACAGACUAAAAUUUAGUCUUUUAAACUGAUAAGGAAAUUCAUACACAAUAAACAUUAAUUAAUGUUAAUUGCUGUCUGUUUCCUUUAUAUAAAUGAUUUUAUUGACUUUUUUAUGUUUUUUUGUGGCAAACUGAACACUGUCUAAUUUUUACAGUACACAGAUUGUUUAUACACUCAAGCUCUUUAGUUUGAGAUUUUUUUAUUGAUAUAAGUGUUUUGACACUUGUGCACUGAAUAGUAUUUCUGUUCAUGAUUUUUACUUAACAACGUAGGACUAGUGAAAGAAGUGUUUAGUAUUCAAGGUCUCACCAGUUUGUUAUGUUUAUGUUUGUACUUUCAGAUGUUUUUUUUUCUUGCAACUUACAGUUGAUUUUUUGGCCAAUAAGAUAUUUUCAGGGUUUUACCUUAAGUUCAUCAUCUAAGAUUCUAAGAGCAGCGUGAUUACGGUAUACUUUGUAGGCAACAAAGGAGUGUAGACAUUUUGUAUCUUUUCCUGCAUCGUUUGUUUGCAUCAGAACUGAUAAUUAUAAUAUGUCAUUUUAUAUAGUGACAUUUUUACGUUUGUUUGUUCGAUAUUAAUAUGUAAUGCAUUAUGCUUGCAUCAUAAAGAUCAAAAUUUGUUCCAACCACAAAGACACUUGAUAUUGUAAAUAAACAAAUGUCAAUUAAUUUCUGUAUAUUGUCUUAUUUUGAAAGGUUAACAUUUUGUUUACUUCAGUUUUGAAAUAAAAGUUAGUGGUCCUUCAAGCAUCACAUUUGAUCUUUCAUUUUUUGUAGUGUUUAAUUACUCUUUAGGUACUCUGAUAUGACGUUACCGUACUCGUAUAUAUGUUAAAUUUAGGUGAUUGACAGUUGUGAAAUGUGUUUUCCUUUUUCUUGAAGCUGCUAGUGUAUUCUUAAUUAUUCUGCAGGUGUUUCCUUAAUUAAUCUGUCUAAAAUAUAAGAGGUCAAAACAUGAAAAAACAAAGAGAAUUGGCAUUGCAGGUUCAUAUGCAAGUUUAUGAUUUUUUAUUUGGCAGUCGGAUAAAGAUAUUGGAUGGAUGAAAGAGACGCCUGGAUUGAUGGGUGAAAAUGGAGCCUAGGUUCCAGUUCUUAAACUGUAUAUGCACUAGUUUUAUGCAUUAUUUGUUUUACCAAAAAUAGAUUGUGUUUUAACAUUUUGAAAAAAAAAGUAAUGUUGUCUGCAAAAUGAUGAUUAUUAUUGGGAAGAUGCCAUUGAAAAAAUGUACCCAUAUCAAUAUUAUAAAUCAUGCUGCGGGCUAGAUGUAAUAGCACUUUCCAGACUUUACAUGAAGUAAAGAGGGAAAUAUAAUUUGUUUGAUUUGUUAUAAACAUUGCUGAAUGUUCAAAAUGAUGUCAUUUUGUUCAAAGAUUCGAAUAAAUUUUAUAUGUAA